ACCCGGGGGUUCCAACCAUGACUUCUCAGCCCCAACCAUGCAUUAAAACGGUUCACCGAUCUCGCGCAGCCACAGAGCCUGGGCUGCAGGCACCUUCCUGUCAGUUCCCCUGCUCCUCGCACCGCCGCCCGACCAGCGUUCUGAGCCUGAUGGCCUGCGCCGCACCCCACGCUGUCCCCGGCCCUCCCCGGCUCCUGCGGGUGGCGCUGCUGCUGCUCGUGCUCCUGGUGGCCACCUGCCGGCGCGCGGCAGGAGCACCCGUGGUCACUGAACUGCGCUGCCAGUGCUUGCAGACCCUGCAGGGAAUUCACCCCAAGAACAUCCGAAGUGUGAACGUGAAGUUCCCUGGACCCCACUGCGCCCAAACCGAAGUCAUAGCUGCACUCAAGAAUGGGCAGAAAGUGUGUCUCAACUCCACAGCACCCAUGGUUCAGAAAAUCAUCCAAAAGAUGCUGAACAGUGGCAACGCUAACGGACCUAGAGAGAAGGAGAAAGCAUAUCCGCUACAAUUCCUAAAGGAGUCUAUUCUUAGAGGAAUCAAAGUGAAAGAAGAAAAACAAUUAGCUCCUCGGCACACUUGGACUGUGUUUAAUGUGUUUAACUGCUUCUUAUGAAGGUACUUCUAAUUAUUUAUAUAUGUAUGUAUGUAUGUAUUUUUCAAAGCUUGUCUAUUAAGGUUCUUUCUGAUAUUGAAAAAUAUGAAUGUGUUUGGUAAUUCACUGUACUGUCAUUUUGAAAGGUAUUUUUGUGUUAAACCAAAGUUCAGUCUUUACUGUCAUCUAACUUGACGAUGAUGGAUUUUACAUGUUCUCCAUUAAUUAAAUGGUGGGAAAGAGAUCACAUCAUGCCAGACAUUGUGAUAGCAGCUAAAAAUAAAUAGUGGGGAUCCAAGCCAAUAGUCAGAUCACUGUUAAGAUAAAUGCAUGUAUGUCCCAUCUAUUUUUGUAACUGUUUAGAAGAAUGUCAGUUGUUAUUUAUCAAAACUGUCAAGAUUUCUGAUGUUGAAGCUAUAAAAACUACAAUGUUCUAAUUAUCCUUUGGAUAUUUUAUGUCUUCCUUGUGAGACAUGAUGCUUUGUUUUGUAUUAAUUAUGUAAUGUUCCUCUAUGAUUUGGAAUAAUACAGUUUAUUUAUCGAUGUAUUUUAACAGAAGAAAACCAUGAAAAUAAAACCUUUCCAAAAAUAUCAUGCCUAGUUUUGUUUCAUACUUUUCAACCUUUCGUUUUUCUUGAGUACUCAAGAUGGUAGGACUUUACAACAGACCAUGGCUCAGGUCCACUGGACAGUUGCCACUAGGCAGCAUUUCCCUUGUUUCUCUCUUGUUCAAGAAAGCAUAUUUGAUGCUUUUUCAAAGGCAGAUCCCCACCUUUAAAAUACAUGUUUUAUAUAAAAUAUCCAUCUUGUUUCACUACAACCAACCUAUUAUUCAAUUUUACAUCUUUAAAAUUUUUCCAAUUUUAAUAGAUAUUUUUAAAAGAGCUCUCAUUCAAAUUAAGCUGUUAAUGGUUUUCCGAUUAUGCAUUUUUUUUCUUAAUGAAGCUGGGAGCUACCUUACAGUAAAGUGGAUUCUUCUUUAGAACUCAAGCAAUUUGUGCAAUGGAAAAAAGAAAAAGAAAAAGUGAGUGCCUGAGUACUUUACAUGUGUAAAGGUCUAGUUGAGAAAGGUUUCAUUUUCCAGCCUUAAUAGAGAGAUAAUAAUUACUGAAUUGAACGCAGAUCCAGUUCUUUACAGGUGUAAUAAUGGUUUAAACGUUUUCUAAGCCUAUAAAUUUGAAUUCAAAUUGCCCCAGAAUGGCAGGAGAGUACCUAGGCUCCACAUUAGGAACAAAGGCUGUCAUCUCAUGUUAGGGAAAGAUCUGAGCCUUCUGGGAAAGAACACCUUCCAAACCCAAAAAGGAGACAAAUUGGUGGAGGAAGGGAGAGCAAAGUUUUGUGUGUGUGUGUGUGUUUGUGUGUGUGUGUGUGUGUGUGUGUUUCUGAUUCAGCACAUGUCCCUGGACUCCUGAGCCCUAGUUUAUUGCCUGCAGCAGAGGGAAGGGGCCUAGGUUGGUGCCUGGGAGCAAGUGCAGGCUUGUCCUAAGCAGCUGGGUAACUGUAGUCAGGAAACGAUUACAGACUCUAUUUCCAACCCUGAAAAGUGAGUAUAAUGGUCUCUAUGUAACCCCAAUGUUAUGUUCUCAGAAUACAAAAGAUGAGAUGGAAAAACAAUUUUUAAAUUGUACAGCAACAAACAAAUGUGAACCAUUCUGGAAGCUCUGUAAAUGCCAUUACCAACUUGUCCUUAACUCAGUGAUGUAUGUUUUAGGCUGUGGGAAAUAAAACUUCCUUGGAUUCCUCA